AAUUAUUCGCUGCGUAUUGGCGGAAGUUGAAACCGGCGAAGUGCAUUCUCACUCCAUUACAAGCAACAAAGUAGAGAUGGAGUUUUUAAUAGGCAUUCAGGGGAAAGGAUUUAUCCUCAUGGCAUCAGACACGGCAUCAUGUCGUAGUAUAGUUUCCAUGAAACAAGAUGUGGAUAAAAUGUUCAAGCUGAGUGACAAGAUUAUUAUGUCCAUAAGUGGUGAAUCUGGAGACACAGUGCAGUUUGCUGAAUACAUUUCGAAAAAUGUGCAGUUGUAUAAGAUGCGAAAUGGUUAUGAAUUGUCACCACAUGCUGCAGCAAACUUUACACGACGAAAUUUAGCAGAAUAUCUCAGAACUCGGUCUAGGUAUACAGUGAACCUGUUGAUGGCCGGGUAUGAUAAGACGGAGGGACCAUCUCUUUACUACAUGGAUUAUCUAGCAUCCAUGAACAAAUGUCCAUUUGCAGCCCAUGGCUACGGAUCCUUCUUUGUGCUGAGCAUCCUAGACAGAUACUACAGGGAUGAUCUGUCACAGGAUGAGGCAUUAGAGCUACUUCAGAAAUGUAUAGAUGAGAUAAGGAAGAGAUUCAUCAUAAACCUGCCAGCGUUUAAAGUGCGUGUUGUAAACAAAGAUGGUGUUCAGGAACUGCCCAUGUUAAAGCCACUGGCUAUGACGUGAAUCUGAUUGUAAUAAAUACAAAUACAUACAUGUAUAUCAUCUGACUUUCAAUAUUGGAACUGCCUAAGUUGAAACCACUGAUAAUCACAUGAAUCUAAUUGUAAUGAAUACAAAUACAUGUAUAUCAUUCUGACUUUCAA